CCAUUGACACCAUGUCGAGUUAUUCUAGCGACCGAGACCGCGGCCGGGAUCGAGGAUUUGGUGCACCAAGAUUCGGAGGAAUUAGAACACGACCACUCUCUGGAAAGAAGUUUGGAAAUCCUGGGGAGAAACUAGCUAAGAAGACGUGGAAUCUUGAUGAGCUGCCCAAAUUUGAGAAGAAUUUUUAUCAGGAACACUCUGAUUCUGCAAGGUGCACCACACAAGAGGUAGAUACAUAUAGAAGAAGCAAGGAAAUUAUAGUUCGGGGUCACAACUGUCCAAAACCUGUUCUGAAUUUUUAUGAAGCAAACUUCCCUGCAACUGUCAUGGAUGUGAUUGCAAGGCAGAACUUCACUGAACCCACUGCUAUUCAAGCUCAGGGCUGGCCGUUUGCUCUCAGUGGAUUGGAUAUGGUUGGAGUAGCUCAGACUGGACCUGGGAAAACAUUAUCUUAUUUGCCGCCUGCCAUUGUCCACAUAAAUCAUCAGCCAUUGCUAGAGAGAGGUGACGGGCCUAUUUGCUUGGUGCUGUUACCAACACGGGAACUGGCCCAACAAGUGCAGCAAGUUGAUGCUGAGUACUGUAGAGCCUAUGCCCUGAAGUCUACUUGCAUCUAUGGUGGCGCUCCCAAGGGACCACAGAUUCGUGAUUUGGAAAGAGGUGUGGAAAUCUGUAUUGCGACACCUGUAAGACUGAUUGACUUUUUGGAGUGUAGGAAAACCAACCUGAGAAGAACAACUUACCUUGUCCUUGAUGAAGCUGAUAGAAUGCUUGAUAUGGGAUUUGAACCCCAAUAUGUUUUGGGGGGAUUUUCUUUCAUUUUGGUGUUUUAUUUUUACAGAAAAACUAAAGUUGACUACUUGCCAUUCUUUGAUUUAGGACUUAGGAGAGGAAAUCCGAAGGCCCUUAAGAUGAUCUGUCUUUAA